GUAACGGACUCGAUUUGCACGACUACAUCUUGAAACAGGUCGACUGGACGUCGUCUGGGCCAAUCCUCCACGACUUCCUCGGCUUCCUUUCGCUCCGAGCCCUGUCGAUCCCGGGCAUCCGCAGGAGCCACGGCUUCGCAUAUCUGGAGAUCGGGGGAUCCCACCUGCGCCACUUCUUCGCGCAGACGCGGCUUCUACAGGAACUCUACAGUGAUCGUGGAUGGUUGGCUGUGGCCAUGGAUGUGGAG